UCCCCGCGCUCCGCCGCCGCUCCUCGGCGCCACUCCGGUGGGCGCUGACAUGUCACCCCGCACCUUCCCAGCUUCCCUCCCUACCCCAACCUCCGUUUCCCGCCACUUCUCCGCGCCAUUUCUCCCCGCCCACCCGCCUCCUUCCCACUCCUACUAAUCCCCUCCCGCGAGCAAUUCCCCCCGCAAAACGCCAAAACCCUAAACCCGCGGAGAAGGGAGAAGCCAUUCCCCCCGCCCCCUCCCCUUCCGCAAUGGCGUCGCGCCGAGCCAGCAAUGGCCGCUCGCCGCUCGUGCGGAAGCAGAGCCAGAUCACCGCCUUCUUCUCCUCCUCCCCCACCCCCUCACCUUCCCCGUCCACGCCGAACGCCGGCGCGCCCAAGCCCUCGCCCUCGCCGCUGAACCCCAGCGCGGCGCGGAGGUCCACGCUCGCCGCGGCCUCCCCUUCCCCUCCCAAGCAGCCGAUGCCGACGCCGCCGCCGGCGCAGGAAGAGAAGAGGGGGAAGAGGGAUAAGAAGGAGCGGGAUGCUGCCGCUCCGGUGGCUGUGGCUGCGUCGCCGGCGGCGGAGGUGGUGGGGAGGCGGCUGCGGGUGUACUGGCCGCUGGACGACGCGUGGUACGAGGGGAGGGUAGAGGCCUACGAUGCGGCCUCAGGCAAGCACUGUGUGAAGUACGGAGGCGACGAGGAGCAGGUCGACCUCGGGAAGGAGAGGUUCGAGUGGGCCGCCGCAGGUGAGGAGUCCACCCCGACGCCCGCGAGGAAGCUGCGGCGUCUUCGGCGGAUGUCGGAUACAGCGGUUGCAAAAUCUCCGGCUGUGGCAGAGGAUGAGGAGGAUGGCGCAGGGGAUUCCACUGAGCACGAGGAUUGGAAGAAGGAUACUCUCGCGGAGGAUGAUUUGGAGGAGGAGGUGGAACUGGAUGACGAGGAGGAGGUUGUUGCGGUGAGUUCACGUAAGGGGAAGACGAGGAACUCCUUGCCGGUGUCAGGUUCAGCGCCAUCGACAUUGGGCUUUGGCUUGAUAUCUGCAUCGGGGUCAACAAUUUCGAAGAAGAGGAAAAAGGUGGAUGUGGGUUCAUUGGAUUGUGCUAAAAGGUUCAGCUUUGAAGCAGUUAAUACCUCUGGAAAAGUUGACCCAGAAAUGCGGAUCAGCUGUGGCCAGAAGGAGCAAACUACAGGGAAUGCUAAUACUGCUCUUACUGGGGAGGCAGCUGAGCGCUUUGCACAGCGUGAUGUGGAAAAGUUUAAAUUCCUUGGAGAAGGGCGCAAAGACGCAAAAGGCAGGCGCCCUGGAAGCCCGGGCUAUGAUCCAAGAACACUUUUAUUGCCUUCCCAGUUCUUGAAGGGUUUGACAGGAGGACAGAGACAAUGGUGGGAAUUUAAAUCACAACACAUGGACAAGGUUCUGUUCUUCAAGAUGGGAAAAUUCUACGAACUAUUUGAGAUGGAUGCACAUGUUGGGGCAAAGGACCUUGAUCUUCAGUACAUGAAGGGUGAACAACCUCACUGUGGAUUCCCAGAGAAGAAUUUAUCAGUGAACUUGGAGAAACUAGCUAAGAAGGGUUAUCGAGUUCUGGUUGUGGAGCAGACUGAAACACCUGAGCAACUUGAACUCCGGCGUAAGGCGAUGGGUAUAAAGGACAAGGUUGUGAGGCGUGAAAUAUGCGCAGUGGUCACAAAAGGAACACUGACAGAAGGAGAGCACCUACUGGCAAACCCAGAUCCAUUGUAUCUCCUUUCUGUGACUGAAAGUCACCAACAAAGUUCAAAGAAGAGCGAAGACACUUGUACCAUUGGUGUUUGCAUAGUUGAUGUUUCUACAAACAAAUUUAUUGUAGGACAGUUCCAAGACGAUCCAGAGCGCCAUGGGUUAUGUUCAAUUUUGUCCGAAAUGAGGCCUGUGGAAAUCAUCAAGCCUGGUAAAAUGCUGAGUCCAGAAACUGAGAAGGCACUAAAGAACAACACAAGGGAGCCUUUAAUAAAUGAGUUGCUUCCAUCCACAGAAUUCUGGGAUGCAGAAAAGACUAUUCAUGAGAUAAAGCAGUACUACAGCUCAGCAGAUAAACAAAACAAUGUCAAUGAUGUACAGGACAGCAUGGACUGUCUGCCCAACCUAUUAAAUGACUUAAUUGGAGCAGGUGAUAAAAUAUAUGCACUUUCUGCUCUUGGAGGUUCCUUAUUUUAUUUAAGGCAAACCCUUCUGGAUGAGAAAAUACUUCUAUGUGCUGAGUUUGAGCCCCUUGCAUGCUCGGGGCUCAUCAACAAUAUCCGAAAGCAUAUGAUACUUGAUGCAGCAGCACUGGAAAAUCUAGAACUUUUAGAAAAUAUCAGAACUGGUGGCCUGUCAGGGACCCUGUAUGCACAGUUGAACCAUUGUGUUACUGGAUUUGGGAAGAGGCUGCUUAAACGGUGGAUUGCAAGGCCAUUGUAUGAUCGCGGAGCAAUACUAAGGCGUCAAAGCGCUAUUGCUACUUUCAAGGGAGUUGGACAUGACUAUGCUGUUCAGUUUCGUAAGGAUUUGUCUAGGCUACCUGACAUGGAGCGCUUGCUUGCACGUCUUUUCUCUAGCUGUGACAAAAACAAGAGAAAUUCAUCAGUUGUUCUUUAUGAAGACGCAUCAAAGAGACUGCUUCAACAGUUCACCGCUGCUCUUCGUGGUUGCCAGCAGAUGUUCCAUGCAUGUUCUUCUAUUAGUACAUUGAUAUGCACGGAGGAGUCUCAACUAAAUGAUUUGCUCUCACCAGGCACAGGGCUACCGGAUGUAUCAUCUAUUUUAGACCGAUUCAGAGAUGCAUUUGAUUGGUCAGAUGCAGACAGCAAUGGUCGGGUCAUUCCCCGUGAAGGUUGUGAUCCUGAAUAUGACGCCACUUGCAAUGCAAUACAGGAGAUCGGAUCCAGUCUAAAAGAAUACCUGAAGAAGCAACGGAAGCUUUUGCGAUGUGCAUCGGUUGAUUAUGUUAAUGUUGGAAAAGAUAUGUACCUAAUUGAAGUGCCUGAGAGCCUGGGAGGUUCUGUUCCUGGAAACUAUGAGUUGCAGUCUACAAAAAAGGGUUUCUAUAGGUACUGGACGCCAGAACUGAAAGACCUAAUAUCAGAACUUUCGAAGGCUGAGGCAGAGAGAGAAUCAAUAUUGAAAGGCAUUCUUCAGAAUUUGAUUCAGCUAUUUGUUGAGCAUCACAGCGAGUGGAGGCAAUUGGUUUCUGUUGUUGCUGAGCUUGAUGUCUUAAUAAGUCUUUCUAUUGCAAGUGAUUAUUUUGAGGGCGCAAGUUGCCGUCCAACUAUCAAAGAAUCAAAUGGCCCAGAUGAUACUCCUACUUUCCACGCCAGAAAUCUUGGACACCCCAUUCUACGAAGUGAUUCCUUAGGCAAGGGUUCUUUUGUACCGAAUGAUGUUAAGAUAGGUGGGCCAGGGAAUGCCAGCUUUAUUGUUCUUACUGGUCCGAAUAUGGGUGGUAAAUCAACUCUUUUGCGCCAAGUUUGUCUUACCAUUAUAUUGGCUCAGAUUGGAGCAGAUGUUCCUGCAGAAAACCUUGAACUUUCUCUUGUUGACCGUAUCUUUGUUCGAAUGGGAGCAAGGGAUCAUAUUAUGUCCGGCCAAAGUACAUUCUUGGUGGAGCUCAUGGAAACUGCCUCGGUGCUUUCAUCAGCUACCAAGAAUUCUCUCGUGGUUUUAGAUGAGCUUGGGCGGGGUACAUCGACUUCUGAUGGACAAGCUAUUGCGGCCUCUGUUCUGGAAUAUCUAGUUCAUCAGGUGCAGUGUCUAGGCUUGUUUUCUACACAUUACCAUAGGUUAGCUGUGGAACACAAGGAUGCGAAGGUAUCUCUAUGUCAUAUGGCAUGCGAGGUAGGCAAGGGAGAAGGAGGUCUGGAGGAAGUGACUUUCCUUUAUAGAUUAACUCCUGGUGCAUGCCCCAAAAGCUAUGGUGUAAAUGUUGCUCGAUUGGCAGGAAUACCUGCUUCAGUGCUUCAGAGGGCUAACGAGAAGUCAAAUGACUUUGAGGCCAAUUACGGGAAGCGACACCGUAUGAUCAAAGAUAAGCAUGCCAGUGCACAGAGUGAGGAUAAGUUUUCUGCCAUCAGGGAUUUAUUCCGCAUUGUGAAUGCAUGGCCUUGUCCUGAUGGUCAGGCAGCGAGUAUAAACAUGCUCCGUGAAGUGCAGAAGCUUGCCAAGGUGCAGGCUGUGGAAGGUUAAGCGAUUGUUGCAUGACCUGUUUGCUUAAUGGAGAUCGCUCCGCUUCAUUUUGCUACUUUGGUGGCUUCUCCUUUUUUUUGGAUUGGUGUCAUGCUGAGAGUGCCGUGUUGGAUAGGUUUGGUAAAGCUCGCCCAUUGCAGAAUCGUCAAGGUUCAAGCCCACGUAAAGAAUUGGGCCAUGUCAACGUCCACGGAUUGUGGCUCUCUGAUUAUCCUGCGAGAAAACCCUAGGAUUGUUCGAGCUUGGUGGUGGUGUCAUGGUGUGUCCAGUGCCGACCGGUUGUAUGAUUAGAGAGGAUAGAUGGCUCAAAAUUUAAUCUGAGCUGCGUAGAAACUAAGGAGAUUGUAUCUAUGAGUAGAGAUGGUUCCUAAAGAUGUAUAGGAAAACGGAAAUCAUGAACUACUCUUACAAGCCAAUUCAGGCUUAGCUUCUUCCAUGCCGUACUUUCUGAA